GCUCGACUGGAGAUUGUAUGAUUUGGGGAAAAUCUGGAGUGGCUCUGGUCUCAAACUGAGUGGUGUUUAAGAAUCAGUGACUUGUGCUGUUCCUAGUAUUUCAGCAUUGACACGGUGUUCUGCCGAGUCUCCCACGACAUUUGACCAGCAUUUCACAGAUAAAGUUAUGGUAGUUUACUGCAGGUUGGACUUUGGACCUGCUGUAUAACUGAGCUGUUUACAGACGGGUAAGGAGGCUCCUCUUAUAAGCUGAAAGAAACAUGGCUUCAAGCACCUUGGGCAGAAAGCUGGUGGCAUGUCUCCUCAAUGUUUCUGAGGCUCGUAGGAAAGACCUGGUGGAGACCGUCGCCAAGGCAGCCUUGUACAGCACUGAAGGUGUUAGACGAGAGGGGACCACGGUGCUGAACAUCUUCAAUGAUCAUGACUACAACCGCUCUGUCAUCACUAUUGUGGCCUCUAUUGACUCAAUCAGGGAGGCAGUUCUGUCUGCGUGUGAGGAAGCGUGUGGGCUGAUCGACAUGCACGCCCACACAGGGGUCCACCCGUGUAUGGGAGCCGUUGACCUCAUACCGAUCUAUCCCUUAGGGGACGAGGUGGGGGUGAAAGACUGUGCUCAAGAGGCGCUGGCUGUGGCUCAGGGACUGACGGAGAGGGUCCAGGGCACCAGUGCAUUCCUCUUUGGCUGGGUGGACUCCCCUCUACAACGUGGGCUGGCACAGAGGAGGAAGGAGAUGGGCUGGUUUAAGAAAACGCCAGACCUGGGGGCUAUCAGGUCCGACAUCGGGCCCCGACCACAGAAGCGCUACGGCCUCACAGGUGUGGGAGCCAGUCCAUAUGUGAUGAACUGUAACGUUACUAUAGACACGCAGGACGUCACCAUGGGCCACAGCAUCGCUGCAGCCAUCAGAGAGUCCACGCCUGGAGGUCUUCCUGGAGUUCAGGUGUUGGCGCUGCCGCAUGAGGGUACUGUUGAAAUAGCUUGUAAUGUGGAAAGCGUGAAGGGGAACCCGUCCAGUCCCCUGACAGAUGAGCCUUGGCCAUCGUUCAGCAUUGAUGGUCAACCGUACAGUCAUGCUCCAGCCUCUCUAAUCACAGCCAGGGUAGCUGAGCUGGCAGGGAGGCAGGGGGUUGGUGUUAAAGGCACUGCUCUGGUGGGGUUUACCCCCCAUGAGUGCAGGGGCUUAGCAGAGUUUGCACUAUCACAAGGGAUUGCUGAGUUUUGGAAAGAGCAGUACAGGAUCCGCAUGUGAACCUAAAUCCUUGCCAACACAAUGAAACGCCUCAACAGAUCAGUAUAAUCUCUGAUUCUACUUUAAUUAACCUAAGAGUUAGAAUUUGAGUGCAGGUGCCUGUGACAUAUAGCAUUUAACCCUUUUGAUGAUGGCUCUAGGUACAUUAGCGGUGUAGCAUCUGUGCACAAGCCAGUAGAAGUGUAGACUCCUCCAAGAAACAACAAAACGCCUGCUAAGGGUAUUGUUACAGGACAAGAAAAAAUGCAUUUAGCUGGGAUUAUACUGGGUUAUAAGCCUAUGUCCACGCUAGUCUGAUUGCAUUUAGAAGUGUGAAACGUGUGUCACAGUUAUGACUGGCGUCCACCCUAAUGCAAUGAGUUUGAACAUCGAACCAGAAAAAAUUGUAAUCCUCUGCAAGUCCCAUUUCAGUUUGGGGACGCGGCUGCAGCAUAAUGUUAAUGGACAAACCUGUAAACAUUUGUUACAUCCCUGUAAUCCCUUUUUAUUUACUGUUUUUGUUUAUUUAUUACUUGUGAGUAUCUGGUACUGGGGUGCAGAGGUUUGGUUGGGCGAGUGUGUUUCCUGUUGGAGGUGGCCACUACUAAUUCACCUGUCAGCUCAGGUCCACUGGUGUGGGAGGAGUUGCUGCAGGUCUGAUGGAGAGCGACGCCAACCAGAGGAAACCUCUCCCCAACAAAACUGCUGCUGGAGCAGUGAGCUUUGGCAGUCGUCUCACACCACCUCAUGUGUGAAAACGUGCUGUCCAUUCUGUCUGAUGUUGUGAGAGCUUUGGGGCCAAAUGUUUGGUUUCCCUCAGCCAUUCUGCCCAAGCAGUUUGUGGCCCUGCUAAAUCUUGUUGAUUGAAUAACUUGUGAAAGUAAUGGAAAACAGUAAGGUAAAUAUUAGAUUGCUCCAACGCUUGAGUUGUAUGUAAAAGCCUACUUUGAUGAGGAUUGGUUUAGAGUAGUUAGUAUAGUUAAUAUUAUUGUAAUUUUGUUUUGGUUAAAGGUUAGGUUUAGUUAGUGGAUUUAUUAUUUUAAGGUUAGGGUCCAGUUCUUUAUGCUUAUUUCUUUGGUUUACGUUGGAGUUAUUUUCUUUAUAUAAACUUUAGUUCUUGGGUUUAAAUUGUAAACUGUUUUCCAUGCUGUUGCACUUCAACUUGAACAAAAGAACCAUUUGGUCAAAAUAAAAACAUAUCUUUACUCGCAAAACCUGCCUUUCAUUUGCGUAUUCUGUGAUCCCUAGUAGCAGAGUACGUAAUAACAUUAGAAACAGUUACAUAGUUUCAGAUUUGCUUCAUGAAUUCUUCUUUUGGGGUACUAUGUGUUCUUCCCUGGUUUGCGACGCCUACAUCAGGUGACCAUCACUAGAAGAUAACACACAAAGUAAAUGCGUAUUCACUGUGAUCCCUGGAAGGUGCAGAUUCCCUCCUCAGUGUGUGCUUUCACAAAGCAUUUCAUAAUCUAAAGAUGGUCCCUUUCCUCCACGUUGGGGUCCAGAGUCAGCAACACAUCCUAAUGUCUCUGCUCACUGACAGCUUUUAUUCAGUCGGCUCUCAACAAAUCACGUUUCUGAAAAGCAACAAUGAAAGAAAUUACGUUGAAACUUUGAAAUACGUUGUGUCCAGUUGGUCGCUGGUUGAAAACCCAUCCUUUUUCCUCCCUCUGUGGAAGGACUUUCAUCUCAUCCUCUGCAUAGAGUUUGCAGCCAUGGUUGUAAUCCUAACGCGCCGCCUAAAAAGCAAAGACACGCAGUGCUCAUUCCACCCCCAUUACAGCGCUGUUACUACCCGUCAAGGCGGUACUGCCAUGGAAGAGCGUUUUAAUGGCGUUCCACUUCACACAGCACAGGGGGUGGAAUAAAGGUGUUACGAGGGUUGGAAGGAAUAGGCUCUUGUGAAGGGGAUAUAGAUGGUCCUUAACAGCGGUAUAAACGACAACAUGGAGACAGAACAGCAAGCUACAAGUCUGUUUUUAA